CUGCUUUCUAUUACAGUAACUUAACGUUAAACCUGCAUGUGUUAAACGAUUUUUAUAGUCUACGGGUUGCCGGUAUGUGAGCAUCGUAUAGCGUAGCAUGUACUGUAAUUACUUGGUAUCCAUUGCCGGUUAAUUUUGACAAUGUGCCCUUUUGAACCGCGCCGGGAUGCGGUGGAAGAUGCUUUCCGUAUGCAAAAAUAUUCCCGCAGGGACAGCCUCUUCAGUAAAGAUGAAGCUGUCAUCAUACGAAAGGCACAGGAAUUCGGUGUGUCCGUGGACGAACUGUGCCGACUGAUGCAGUUGCGGGGAAUCAGUGUGCGGCAACACAUUAACGAUCAGUAUGGGGAUUUAGAGGGACUGGCAAUGCAGAUGCUAACAUCACCCACCAAAGGUCUGGACGAAUCGCCACAUGACUUGGACAAACGGCAGCAGAAAUUUGGCAAAAAUGUUAUCCCAAUGAAAGAACCGAAAUCAUUCUUGCACUUGAUGCUGCAUACGCUAAAAGAGCCGACACUGAUUAUUCUGGAGGUGGCGGCGGUUGUGUCGUUGGCACUGGCUGUGUGGAACAUCGUCCGUCCGGAUGCGGAGAAAGAUGCGCAGUCGUACGAGUGGAUUGAAGGCGUGGCUAUUGUGGUGGGUGUGAUGGUCAUAGUGCUGGUCAGUGCCACUAACGAUUACGGGAAGGAGCAGCAGUUCCGUGUUUUACAAGCUAAGGUGCGGGAGGAGCACAAAGUCACCGUCAUUCGCAAAGGCCAGAUUAUUCUCAUUCCGGUACAAGAACUUCUGGUGGGGGAUAUCUGUCAAGUGAAAUACGGUGAUUUAAUUCCCGCUGAUGGUGUGGUCCUACAGGGUCAGGAAUUGAGACUAGAUGAAAGCUCUCAAACAGGCGAAUCCGAUCCUGUGAAAAAAGAUUCCGACACCGACUGUCAGGUUUUGUCAGGCACCCACGUGAUCGAAGGCUCCGGGCGUAUUCUGAUUUUAGCGGUCGGCGUGAAUUCUCAAAGCGGUUCCAUUUACAAACUGCUCGGCGCCGUUCAGGAGAAAUCUAAAUCCAAAAAGCAAGCCCCCAGCGGUAUUACCGUGCCAGAUAGCGAAUCCAAUUCGACCGACGGAAGCCUCGAUGGCACACCUGGUGAAUCCAGUAGCGCAAAAAAAUCGGUUGAUGAACAACGGAAACAGACCAAUCAUUCCGUCUUCCAGUCUAAACUAAACAUUCUGGCGUAUAAAAUUGGAAUUCUGGGUUUGGUAUUUUCUGCCGGCACCUCCAUUGUGAUAAUAAUCCGUUUCUGUGUGGAGAACUAUGCAGUGCAAAAAAACGGCUGGAAAACGCACGAUGCCACUACCAUUUUGGACAGUAUUAUUGUCGGUAUUACUAUUCUGGUGGCAGCCAUCCCAGAAGGUCUCCCGUUGGCCGUGACUUUAACGUUGGCAUUUUCAGCAAAAAAAAUGAUGCAGGAUAAUAAUCUCGUGCGACACUUGUACGCCUGUGAAACAAUGGGAUGCGCCACAACCAUCUGCUCCGAUAAAACCGGGACAUUGACUACAAACCGGAUGACGGUUACCGAGUCAUGGAUUGGAGGUCAAAUCCACCAUCCAAUACCCAGUCCGUCGUCUGUAAGUCAGAAGAUCCUGGAACUCAUCAGCAGUGCCGUCGCUAUCAACUCCAACUACACAUCCGAGGUUGUUGCCAACAAGGAAGGCGGACCACCGGAGCAGCGCGGUAACAAGACCGAGUGUGCUCUACUCAGUUUCGCUUCUUCGCUGGGAGUGGACUGUCACCAGAUAAGGCAAGCCCAUCCAGAAGCGUCCUUUCUCAAGGUAUUCACAUUCAACUCCACACGGAAGUCAAUGUCAACCGUUGUGGAAAUUCCCGGUGGCUGGCGCGUGUACGUCAAGGGCGCUGCUGAGAUAGUGCUUUCCAAAUGUAGCUUUAUUUUGACUCAAUCCGGAUCUCCAGUGCCUCUUUCACCCGAAACCUCUCAAAGCAUCGCCGACACCGUGAUCUCUCCCAUGGCCAGUAACGCCCUCCGCAGCAUCUGUAUAGCGUACAAGGAUUACCUUCUCGACAGUGCCCAAAAUAGUAUUCCUUCCAAUGCGCAGGCAUGCCGAUCUCGACCGGAUUUCAAUGACGAGAACGCCAUCGUCUCCGAUCUCACCUGCUUGUGCAUUGUGGGUAUCGAGGACCCAGUGCGACCUGAAGUGCCGCGGGCCAUUCGGCGCUGCCAACGCGCCGGGGUUACCGUGCGAAUGGUCAGCGGGGAUAAUGUGCAGACAGCGCGAUCUAUUGCUCUGAAGUGCGGAAUUAUUCGACCCGGCGAUGGGAGUCUGGUUUUGGAAGGGAAAGAGUUUAAUCAGAUGAUUCGUGAUUCUAACGGCCAGGUGGAUUCGGUGCGAUUCAAUAAUGUAUGGCCACAACUGCGCGUUUUAGCCCGCUCGACACCCGAAGACAAGUUUACGCUAGUGGAUGGAAUAAUAAACAGCAAAAUUUCCAAACACCGCGAAGUUGUGGCGGUCACGGGUGACGGGACCAAUGAUGCUCCUGCUCUGCGAAAAGCUGAUGUGGGCUUUGCAAUGGGGAUCGCUGGUACAGAUGUGGCCAAAGAAGCGUCGGACAUUAUCAUCACCGAUGACAACUUUAUCAGUAUUGUCAAAGCGUGCAUGUGGGGACGGAAUAUCUAUGACAACGUGGCGAAAUUCCUGCAGUUCCAGCUGACGGUUAAUGUUGCUGCCCUCAGUGUCGCCAUCGUAGCGGCUUGUGUUAUUGGGGAUACUCCCUUAAAAGCCGUUCCUAUGCUAUGGAUAAAUAUGAUCCAAGAUACGCUGGGGUCACUGGCGCUAGCCACAGAACCGCCUGGCGAGGCACUUUUACAACGGAAACCGUACGGCAGAAAAAAGCGUAUCAUAUCCAGGAUGAUGGCACGCAAUAUCCUCGGUCAAGGAUUGUACCAAGCCGGCGUUUUGCUUCUCAUUUUGUUCUAUGGGCCUCGUUACUUCGAGAUCUACGAAGACCGGGAAAUCGGUCACGUUGUUGGAGAGCCGAGCUUCAUCUACACGAUGAUCUUCAAUACCUUAGUCAUGAUGACGUCGUUCAACUUAAUUAACGCGCGUUGGAUCCAUAAUGAAGUCAACGUUUUUGCCGGGAUCCAUCGGAAUCUGUACUUUGUUAUAUUGUGGGCCGUGAUGGUGGCGACGCAGGCAAUCGUGGUACAGUUUGGCGGCUACGCAUUCGCUACACAACCACUGGAAGCCGAUGCCUGGAUGAUCUGUUUAUUCUUUGGAUUCGGCUCGCUGCUUUGUUAUCAGCUGCUGCGUUUUGUCCCGGUUCAAUGGAAGCAGACAAAGAACAGCCGAUUGUUUUGAGAUAUAAUAGACAAAAUUAAGUGACCUGCAAUUAAUGCGGCAGUUACGCAGUAUGAAAUAAUGCAAACCAUACCACCGAUAUGGUCUACAAGCUUUCCCAGAUUAACCUAAUUUCUUAACAGAAUUCAUGCAUUAAUAGUACUCGAACAGCCUAUAGUACGUCUUCAUCACAAAAUGUACUAGACACAUGCCCGCGCUUUUUUUGAAAAUUUAUUGCUUUUAGAGUAAACUGAUGCGUUUGCUAAAUAAAA